UCUCAAUCAUACAAUUUUCUCUUUACAAUGGAGUAUUUCGUUGAUCAAGAAAAGUAUUUUUAUAUGAUUAUAUUGCACAUUAACGUAGCUAUUUGCAUUGGGGCGACUAUAACAGUAGGAAGUGGUACACUGUUCAUUGCUUAUAUCCAGCAUACCUGUGGAAUGUUUAGAAUUGCUAGUUAUCGUAUCGAGCAUGCAAUAAAUAUCAACUUUCGAAGUAAUAUUACCCUUGAGAAUAAAAUUAUGACCGAGGGAACAAUUUCUGCCGUCGACAUUCACCGACAAGCUAUGAAAUUGAACAAGCACUUAAUGUCAGUAUUGGAGAUGAUGAUGUUUUGUUUAAUAGCAUGUUGUGUGGGUUGCUUAAGCCUCAGCUUGAGCUUGUUUCAAAUAGCAUCAUCUAAAAAUGAUGUCAAGAACCUUGUAAUACCAUUUGUAUGUGCGGUAGUAUGUUUCGUAUAUAUGUUUUUAGCCAACCUAAUGGGACAGAUUAUAAUUGACCACAAUAAUCAUGUCUUCACUACUGCGUAA